AUGUCCCUGCCAGACUUUUCUAACGCUGACACGCUCUCGAAGUUCGAGUCGUUCCUGACCUCGAAGUCGUACAUUGAUGGUCACGAGCCUUCGCAGGCUGACGUGGCCGUGUAUGAGGCCAUCAAGUCGCCAGUGGACAGCAACAAGUUCCCUAAUGUGUCGCGCUGGCAAGAGCACAUCAAGUCGUUCGAGGCUGAGCACGCCAACCUCAAGGGCGACAAGUCGAAGGCGGCUGAGCUUCUGAACUUCGGUGCUGCCGCUGGCGGUGAUGAUGACGAGGUCGAUCUGUUCGGCUCUGACGAAGACGAGGUCGACCCUGAGGCUGAGCGCGUCAAGGCUGAGCGUGUGAAGCAAUACGAGGAGCGCAAGGCUGCGAAGGGCCCUCGUCCUCCAGCCAAGAGUGUUGUAACCUUUGACGUGAAGCCAUGGGACGACGAGACGGACAUGACGGCUCUCGAGAAGGAGGUGCGUUCGAUUGAGAUGGACGGUCUCGUCUGGGGUGCCAGCAAGCUCGUGCCUAUCGGUUACGGUGUGAACAAGCUCCAAAUCACGAUCGUUGUUGAAGACGACAAGGUGUCCAUGGAUGACCUGCAAGACCGUGUGCAGGAGAUUGAGGACUACGUUCAGUCUUCGGACAUUGCUGCUAUGCAGAAGCUCUAA